AAAAAUAAAAAAGUUGAUUUCGAAAAAAAAAAAUCUUUCUUUUCACCCAUGAUUCCAAUGUGUUGAAAAAAAUUGGCGCGAGUCAGUGUUCUUGGGCAAGUGUGCGCGCAUGUGGUCUUUGUUGUCUGUAAUCUAAGCAAAGAUGACGGAUAAAGACGGAGGUUUUGAUGAUGCAGUGGAGGAGCGGGUUAUCAAUGAAGAGUACAAAAUUUGGAAGAAGAACACACCAUUUCUUUAUGAUUUGGUCAUGACUCAUGCCCUUGAAUGGCCUAGUCUAACUGCUCAGUGGUUACCAGAUGUCACUCGACCUGAAGGAAAGGACUAUUCGUUGCAUCGGCUGAUUCUGGGAACACAUACCUCAUCAUCUCCCGAUUCGAACAACUCUCGGAUCUGCUCUAGGUGGCAUUCUGACAAUCUGGACAGAUCUGAUGAACAAAAUCACCUACUUAUUGCUAGUGUGCAGCUGCCUAAUGACAAUGCACAGUUUGAUGCUUCUCAUUAUGACAGUGAAAAAGGAGAAUUUGGUGGAUUUGGUUCAGUGAGUGGCAAAAUAGAAAUAGAAAUCAAGAUAAAUCAUGAGGGUGAAGUGAACAGGGCUCGCUACAUGCCCCAAAACCCUUGUAUCAUUGCCACUAAAACACCAUCCAGUGAUGUUUUAGUUUUUGAUUAUACAAAACAUCCAUCGAAGCCUGAUCCUAGUGGUGAGUGUAAUCCUGAACUUAGACUUAAAGGACACCAAAAGGAAGGCUAUGGACUUUCCUGGAAUCCUAACUUGAAUGGCCAUCUGUUGAGUGCAUCUGAUGAUCACACCAUAUGCUUAUGGGAUAUCAACACUCCCCCCAAAGAAGGCCGUGUUAUCGAUGCUCAUACAGUAUUUACAGGCCAUACUUCAGUUGUUGAGGAUGUUGCUUGGCAUCUUCUUCAUGAAAGUUUAUUUGGGUCUGUUGCUGAUGACCAAAAAUUAAUGAUUUGGGACACGAGAUCUAACAAUACAAGUAAACCCAGUCAUACGGUGGAUGCUCACACUGCCGAAGUGAACUGCUUAUCAUUCAAUCCGUACAGUGAGUUUAUUCUUGCCACUGGUUCAGCUGAUAAGACAGUUGCAUUGUGGGAUCUGCGUAAUCUCAAAUUAAAAUUACAUUCAUUUGAAUCACACAAAGAUGAAAUUUUCCAGGUUCAAUGGUCUCCUCACAACGAAACUAUCCUGGCAUCUAGCGGUACUGAUAGACGAUUGCAUAUUUGGGAUCUAAGUAAAAUUGGUGAGGAGCAAUCUGCUGAAGAUGCAGAAGAUGGUCCCCCUGAGUUGCUGUUUAUUCAUGGUGGUCACACUGCCAAAAUCUCAGACUUUUCAUGGAACCCUAAUGAACCUUGGGUCAUCUGCUCAGUUUCUGAAGAUAAUAUUAUGCAAGUCUGGCAAAUGGCUGAAAAUAUCUAUAAUGAUGAAGAACCUGAAACACCAGCUGGAGAACUAGAAACAGCUAGAUCUUAAUGCUUACACACAUUACUGAACAUUGUUACAUAAUUCAUAUUGCUUCACUUCCAUCUAUAUAGUUGGGUUAAUGAAAUAAAGACUGAAGUGUUCUUUGUGCUCUUCCUCCAUUAAACAUCUCUUGGAAUCUCUUCCCUUUCCCUCCCUCAAGUGCAGCCUAUUACACAAUGGGCCAUUCUCUUACUCUCUGACCACUAUUCCUUCAGUCUCUUUCUCUUAGCACAAUAUCUAUUUGCAAUCAACCAACACCAUUUUUAUGUGGAAAGUCCUAUUGUGUUUCUCAUUGCUUUAGUAUUAAAAGUAAUUUUUUUUUCUUUCACUUAAUUUACUCGAUCUAUAUGAGGCAUGUCCUAUAACGAUAUUCCUGUUAUGUAAAUAAACAAUACACUUUUUUUUUUGUG